AUGUCGUCUGACAAGGAAAUUGGCGCGCCCUUCACGCUGGCGUCGCUGUCGAAGCCAGUCAGCUCCACCAACGGGCGCAUACAUGCGACAGGCGUGUGCAGCAUCAGUGGCAUCAAGAAGAGGAAGCGCACAGAAAUUGUUGUUGGUGUUGAGGGCGAGUGCAUAAGUAUUUACAGUCUGCAAAACCCUCAACUUGUUACCUCGUAUGCGCUCCCGCCCAGCGCAUCCUUCACAGCUGCCCCGUACUCGACCUACCGCAAGGGCUCGUCCAAGGCGCCCGCCCACCGCUUCACAUACGCCUCGACAACCGAGUCGACUGCCGGCGCAAAGUCGCAGGUGAUCUGUUUCCACGAGACCAUCCUCGGCGACAAUGCAGAGACUGCGAAAACCUCGUACACGCCCUCGAACGGCUCUCAGGUCUCAACAAUCGAGUCGGUGCCCGUCGCAGGCGGCAGUUCCAGCAAAGAUUCGGCACAUGACGUGCUUGCUACCUUCGAGAAUGGAGAUGUCAUCUGCCUGUCGGCUGAUCUCUCGACUGUUCGCUGGGUCGCGAACUUGAGGGCAGCAGGCUCACAGAAGGAGGAGACUUUCAAGAUUGAGAAUGUCACGCUUUCGACUGCACGAAACGUCAUGCGAGGACUGUUGCGCAGCAGAGAGGACAUUGCAGCUCUUUUGAGCACCGACUCCAGCGAAGCAUCUGAUCUUUUGGAGCUCACCCAGAUCCUGUGCGUCAUCGGCCAGAAUGCGAACGGCACCAGGACCCUGCAGCUCCUGCAAGUGCAGCCUCGGAACGAAGACCUACCCUCGACGCAGCUACAGCCUCUUAAACACCUGCUCUCGAUCAGCCUACCAAAGCCUUCGAGCAUUCUGCUCCGCACAGAUUCAACAGCCACAUACUCUCUCCACGCUACCAGCGGUGCACUGCACAUCUUGGUCGAUGGCGGCGUCAUUUCCUACGACUUGUCGGGAACCGUCCCCAAUGUCACUUCCGAGCUGCUACUCAGCGAAGCAAAGAUCGACUCCUUCUUGCGCAUCUCCCAGGACAUUGUCUUCACAACGGCGCCCGGCUCCUGCCGUGUCUUCGACGUAAAGUAUAGCUCUCUGCAAGCUUAUCUGUCGCUGGGCGCCGCGCCCAUCUCGGACGAUGCCUCCAAGAAGCGAAAGCACGCUCAGCCAGAGUCUGAACUAUCAUCCAUCACGCCACAAGUGGUGGCAUACUACGCUGAGCUCGGCCUUGUCGUAGCUGUCCGUGACGACGAGCUGCUAGGUAUGCAGUACGGAGGCACAAACGCACGCAAGCGGGUCAAGACGGAAGGUACUCUGCUCAUCGACGCAUUGGGCAAGGGUAUUGCAAAGCCAAAGCCCAGCGCAGAAUCCGCAAAGUGGUCGGACAGGAAAGAGAAGCUCGAUCGCUACGCUUCCAAGAGCAAGAUUGCAAAAUUCGAAGGUGUCCUGGCCUCGUGCUUAGGUAUUCCGUUGGAGAAGAAGACAGAUGCACAGAGCAAGCAGGAGAACGAAGUACAGGGCGGACCUUUGACCAACGGCGUGGGUCCAAGCAUACCGAAGGAAGACGCGAUGGUCGUUGAGAAGGUUGAGGACGAGGCCUCUGAGGACCAGCUCCGCAAGUGGAAUAUCCCCACGGCCAUCCCCGAGUCGCAGCGACAGUCCCACCGCCAACACGCCCUCUACGCUCUCAGCAAGAUCUUCAAAUUCGAAGGCAGCACACUCAAGGUCGCCUUUUUCCCGCCCAACGUCUUCCAAUGGCUUCUCCAAAUCGGCCAUCUAACCAAAGAGUCCAUCCGGCGCGCCCACCUCGACGAGGCCCCGGAGCUCGCCCACAACAUCCCAAAGGUCACCGACGGCGACAUCGUAAAGGCCAUCGUAGCAUUUGACCCCGAGCUCCACAUCCUCUCCGCGGUACUCAACCAUAAACACUUCCUACCCAUUGGCGAAGUCGUCGAAGCUAUCCGCCUUCUCACACAAAGUCUAGACGACAAGCCUUCUACAGCCGACGGCACAAUCAAGCUCCUCACUAACGGCACCGCCCCAGCAGACACCGAUAUGGAUCUCGACGUCGAGCUGGACGCCGCAACGACCGAAGUCGACCACGCGCUUACCGUGCUCUCUAACGGCGUAACGCUCCGCUCUAACACCCUACGCCCCGCAUUGAUACGUCUACACACCUUCCCCGCGCCCGUUAUCAGCUCGACGUUGCGCUCCGUGCUGCCGCGUCGCGACCUCGAGUCGCUCAUCCGACUGCUUCAUUUCGAACUCAAGAACGGCGGCUGGUCGUCUCAAUACGAUUUUAUCCCUUCUCCCUCGGAAGAGUUGCCGGACGACUCCCCAGACGACCACGCGGUGACCAUCAUCGCGGCCCUGCUGUCCAGCACCUUGGAUGCUAUCGGUGCCGGCGCCUGGCUGGCGGGCGUCAGCAACCCAGCCGACGCGACGGACGACGGCAAAGACAUCAUCGACGCGCUGCACGCUGAUACUUCCGAAGCGCUCAACGGGUUCUGGGAGGCGAGGUACAUGCGUGGUUUGCUGGGCGAGUUCUUGCGGUAUGCGGCAAAUUUGCCCAAGAGUGCUAAGCCGAGUAGCAAGAGUUUGGAGAACCAGGGCAAGCCGUUUGCAGUCUCGGGGAUCAAGGAGGAUGAUCUGCCUAUGCUGCCGCUGGGUGGAAGAGGGGAUAUGGGCGUUGAGAAGACGAAGCAGGGCAAGGGAGGCAGGAAGGAGGAGAGGAGCAAGCGCGAGAUUGGAAUGUUGAUCUCGAAGAAGGUGCCGAAGUACAGCUUCGAGAGGAUCAUCGUUUAG